AUGUCGCACUCAAACUCACAGGGCAGCUGCCUCGAUCCCCUGGACUCGUUGCUGGACCUGUCGGAGUACGAUAAAUUAUCCUAUCAAUCACCCUCCAUCUCUCCAUCGGCGACCAAGAGCCAAUUCGUGGGAAGAGCAGUCUCAAACACACCAGCAACCCUCCCAUCGAGUACGCAACAAGACCUCAGCGGUCCCAGUCACAACUAUGGCAUGUACAAACAACAGACCGGCAUUCCCCAAGGCGCCGUCGCCAGCACCUUGGCCGUCAACCAGAUGAACCAAUACGGGUACGCAGACAGCUAUCUCGCUGGCAUCGGAGGGGUCGACUUCGGCACUGCUCCAGGGCGAAAUGGGUCUUUCAAUCAGGAUAUGGACAUGGAAUUCGAUUCGCCAUUGGGAGAACCCGCCUUCUUCUAUCCCGAACAAUCAUCACCGGAGUUCGUCAAUCCAAGCGCCAUUGGUUCAAGCAGUCUUUCACCUUCUGCUGUUCUCUCUAAUCAGACCAGCAAUGUCGGUCGUCUCUGGCCUGGCAUGCAUCAACAGCAAGCUGCCCUUGCAAAGGCCCAAGCCCAACAGAAGCAACAGCAACAAAUCAUCCAGCAACAGCGGAACAAUGCUAUGAGUGGGCACCAAAGACAACCAUCGCAACAGCGCUCAAGAGGAUCUCAUCCACCUGCUGAUCCUAUCGUCGAGGAAAAGAUCUCUCAACUCUUGAACUCGAUGAGACAGAGCAGCGUCGCUACUGAGGAUGGUGAGGGCACCCCAAAUGCCAACCACCUGUCACAUGUUCAACGUAUGCGAAAGGAGGAGGAAGAUAUGGAUGAGGAUGAGCGCUUGCUUGCUAGCGAAGAAGGAAAGAAACUCAGCAGCAAGGAGCGACGCCAACUCCGAAACAAGGUUUCCGCUCGCGCCUUCCGUUCAAGGAGGAAGGAAUAUAUCUCUCAACUCGAAGGUGAAAUCGCCACCAAGGUGAACGAGAACACCGACCUCCGUUCCCAGAACCGGGCUUUACUAGAAGAGAACACCCGUCUCUCAGACCUUACCCGGAUGCUCCUCUCCUCGCCCUCCUUCUCCGGCUUCCUCGAUACCCUCGCCUCCAACCCGCAAGCCGCUCAAACCGCCCAAGCAGUCCAACAACCUCAACCCCAACAACAGCAAAUCGAGCAACCACAGCGCCAAAUCCGAAAAGACGUCAACCCGUACGCGGCUCAACAACAGAUGCAGCAGCAACAAAUCGGAAUGGCCAUGAUCCCAGAACACAACAUGGACUUCUCCCUGCUGGACCUGAACGAGAAUGGCGCCUUCUCCUACCAACCACAGGUCUUCUCCGUGCUCAGCUUGCCUGAAGCCGUCAUCGACACAGAGAUCCUGUCCGGCAAAGGCUCCUCAUUCACGCCUCUCGCUUCCGAUGACGAGAAGGUCGAGCUGCCAAAGGUAGAGCGCAUGCCCGUCUCUGAGCCCUCGAAGGUUGAGCUCCCUGCCGUCGUAGACGAGGAGUUCGAUGCUGAUCCCGCUUUCGCUCUGUUUGUCUCAUCGCCUGCUACCUCCACCGUUAAGUCAGAGCCCGAGCUCGAUCUCAGCUUCCUUGCCAACCUGUCUCUCAAGCCUUCGAACUUCGAAUUCGUCGUUGUACCAGAGGUCGACGAGGCGACUGCUGAUGCUGCGAUGCGACGUGUGGAGCGGUUAUCAGCUGACAUGGAUGCAUGCUUAGAGAGACUCUCUCGCCUCUCAUGUCAUCUAUAA